AUGGGACUGGUGAUUAAGGCUUUGCCAAGCAGUGACAAGAAGGUGCGCAAGGUGGAAGUGCGCAUUGUGCGGGAUGGGACGGCAAAGAGGAAAGACCUUCAGUUCCCUGUCGGCCGGGUCCACAGGCUGCUGAGGAAGGGGAACUACGCUCAGCGUGUCGGCGCCGGAGCUCCUGUCUACCUGGUGGCGGUGCUUGAGUACCUGACGGCUGAGAUCCUGGAGCUGGCUGGAAACGCAGCCCGUGAUAACAAGAAGACCAGGAUCAUCCCCCGUCACCUGCAGCUGGCUGUCCGCAACGACGAGGAGCUCAACAAGCUCAUGACUAACGUCACCAUCGCUCAGGGCGGUGUGCUGCCCAACAUCCAGGCUGUCCUGCUGCCGAAGAAGGCCGAGAAAGCUGCCAAGGCCAAAUAAGUCGUCAUUCAACGCAACACCACAAAGGCUCUUUUAAGAGCCACACACACAUCCUACGGAGUUUCUUCCUCCUAAUGUAGAAAUCUAAUACAGUCAGUGACGAACUAAAAUGUCUGUAAACUAGAGUAUUCACAUACUUUUAGUUUCGAAACUAACAACACAUCCUUUUGAUCAGAGAAGAAAUCGGAGAUUAAGUAGAUGCACUUUAUGGACUCCAUACUGGGAAAUUCUGGUGUCAGUAGGUGGUUUUAAUAAGUUUGAAUGUUAAAAGAAGUGAACACAGUUACACUGUCCUGAUGUUAACAAAUACGUAGGCUACUAUCAACAGAUAAAUAGAUGUAAUAAAACUGAUCAAGUCGUUUUAAUAACGCAUUUAUUUAUUUUAAAGUAAGUUUAAUUUCAUGCCAGAAUCACUGAUCAUCCAUAUCACGUCCUUGUGCCAAAAUCAUUUUUACUUACAAUUUGAUCUAU